AUGGGUGACCCCAAUGCUUCCGAAGCUCUUGUCCCUGAGGAGCAUACCAUGGGAUGCUACUGGACCGCCAGGGCCACAGACAUGAGGUCCAGUAUCCAACACCCUCAAGUUGCUGCCAACAACUUUGAGGUGAGCACCUCCUUUAUCACAAUGUUGAGAGGUUCAGUUGUUUUCCAUGGGAAGACAAGCGAGUGUCCCCGCGCGCACCUGCGGCUAUUUCACGAGCUGAUUAAUGGGAUCAAGAACAAUGGGGUCCAUCAAGAUGCCAUCCAAUUGCAUUAA